CACUCCCGCUAGCUCCAAAGCCAUCUCCCCCACGCGCGAGCCGGCGGAGUGCUAUAAAAACCACGACGAGUGCCACGGAACACCUCGCACCGCAUCGCUUGGCCUCGAGUGGCAGUCGCUUUAAGCUUGCAUCGCCGGUUACGUAGCGCAAGAAGCCGAGACCCAGGAAGCUAGCUAGGCGCGCGCGCGUGCAGCGACGGCGAGGAGGCAGAGCUGGUUGACAGCAUGCAGGGGGAGGAGAAGAAGGGGAAGGUGAAGAAGGGGUGGCUGGCGGUGCGGGUCGGGGCGGAGGGCGGCGACGACGGCGGGUCCCGGCGGUUCGUCAUCCCCAUCGCGUACCUGUACCACCCGCUGUUCCGGCGGCUGCUCGAGGCCGCGCGCGACGCCUACGGCUACGACUACUCGGCGGGGCCGCUGCGGCUGCCGUGCUCCGUCGACGAGUUCCUCCGGCUGCGUGCGCUCGUCGAGCGGGAGACGCAAGCCACCGCGGGCUGGUCGACCUCGGGGUCGUCGUCGCACCGCGUGCACGCCGGCGGUGGGCACAACCACCACUCUCUCUCCCCGUGCACCCGCACCAAGGUCAGCUCGUGAUCAGGGGCUGAUCGAGUCGAGCUCGGCUUUCGUGAGUGCACCGCGACCCUGAGGAGUCCAUCGAUCGAGCCGGAGGCGUAGAGAGAGAGAGAGAGGAGAUACAGUAGGUGAUUAGUCUGGGGGUGCUUAUGGUUUUGGUUUUGGCUCCGGCCUUUCCCUUUUGCUUUUGAUUUUGCACAUGCGUGUACUAUACUAGAAUUAACAGAUCGAUCGAUCGGUGUAUAAUUAACAGUCCACACAGCUCUUCUUCAGCUAGAUAUGUUUGUUAAUUUUUCUUUCAAAAUCCAGCUAACUAGUUGUGCAAAGGAAGAUUACUUUGGGUGGAAGUGGAAAUGGAUUUGAGGAGUGCAAAAAUGUUGGACAAUUCAUCAGGCAAGAGGGCAGGACAUCAUGAGAGGAAUCA